AUGGCCGCAAACCACGAUCCUUACGUCUCUUCUGCUUCGCGGUCAAAACUGAACAGUUUUCGAUAUGUCACGAGUGAAGAGGAACCCUCACACCCCAAAACGUCACCCUCAAAAGCGGCCUCUGGAGCCGCGGCCAAUGCGGACAAAGAGAACCAAAUCUCAUGGAUGAACGGAGUUGUAGAACAAACAAACUCGCCAUCCAAAUCUCAACCGUCGACGCAGACUAAGGAAGCGAAGCCCGUCAAAGAAUGUCCCAAGACACCGGCGAACAGGAUCCCGUUAGCGGACUUAAUCAGCAACACCGAGGAGGCUUUCAAGCUCGCGCCGGGAAAGGAAUUGACGCCAGACGACUACGUCUCCUGGCAACAUGUGCCCCGAAGUUCAGAUCCACCUAGUGCGACCCCUGCUACCAGGGGGAAGAAGCGCCGUCACAGUUCUUCUCCUACCAGCUCUCCGCUCAAGGGUGGCUGCGAAGGUGGGACUAAAGAACCUUUUGACAUGAAGACCUUCCAACCUCUCUUGAAGACUCCUCAGAGUGACAUGGCUGCCGAUUUGUGGAACAAUUAUGUUGGUAAAAGCAAAAUCGACGGCAACGUCGAACUCCCUCCUCAAUUCGCCAACCUCUCGUCCUCGCCUCAGACUCCCCUAUCGGCCAAGACAGGCAGGGACUCGUCCGGCUUGAGAAGAUCAGUUAGCUGCAAUGUGGACUGGCCUACCUCUAAAGCCAAAAGAAGGAGGAUUGAAGGCCAGGAAGGGACGCGCACUCUCCGGGAUAUUUUUUCCCGCUCGAAGAGCAACGUGUUCGAAUCAGGCAGCUCGAGGUCAUCGAAACUCAACUUUCUGUUGGAUAAAAUCCAAGAGAGUCUUGUGAAGUCUACAAAGGCCAACGCAACCGCUGCACCAAGUUCGUCUCCACCGCCGGAUCGGGGGGAUGCGUCGGGAAAUGGAUCACCGUCUCCAGAAGGAAAACAGAAAUCACAAGCUGCUGGGCAGCCCACUCAUGAUGCUACGGAUGAACCUGAAAAAAGCCAUCAUCAAGUUGAUGCCGCGAGUGAAGCUAAGGUCCAGGGGUCAUCGUCUGACUUUGGUGAUGAUGACUUGGAUGAAGACCUUCUUGCACUAGUCGAGUCUUCAACCGAUCCCUUCACUAAUUCAACGAAAAAUGAAAGGAUGGAAUCGGGAAUUUCUUUCAAUAAGACUGGUUUCGAUCCAGAACAGUCACCAAGUCCGGCAGAAAACGCAAACGGCAAACGGUCUUCAGCUUCGAAUGCGCAUGUACAAAACGACGAUGAUGAAUUUGAUGAUGACGACGAUUUUCCAGAAAUGGAGGAGUUGCUUGCGAAAUAUGAUGAGAAGACGUCAGUUAAACAGGGUGGUUCCCCUCGGAAAGUCGGGCAGGAAUUGGCGGAUUCAGCCACCCAUACUGGGGCAGCUCAUUCGAGCGUAGCGAGUGGACGACAAGCUCAAGAAGCCAGGAAGUCAGGAGAGAUAUCGUCAAGUGAUGAGUUUGACGAUGAGGACUUUGACGUGGCGGCCAUUGAAGAUUCAAUGCUUCAGUCUCGCGCAGACGCUCGAAAUCAAAAACAUAGAGCGCAACAAGCUAUCAAGCGGUACCUAAUAGUCAAUAUUUCAGAAAGUACAUAUGUUACCCAGAAAGGACGCACUCAACCAGAGCAGGUACUCUCGGUCGAGGAUGAGAAGAAUGGUCACAAGAAAGUGAUUAUCUUACGAGAAUCUUGGUUUGAUACUCCUUGCACCAAGAAUUCAUACAUCCACCUCAUUGGCGAUUUCGAUAGUCGAGGUCAAUGCAUUGUGGACAAUUCUAGCAACAUGAUCAUUCUCCAUCCGGAUCACCUGAUAUCAGCCACCGUCGUCGCUGAUGCAGUCGGCUGCCAACGGCGAGCUGUUCUUCAAGAUCGAAUCAAGGCCACGUCUGAUAUCAGCAAGCCGCAAGUCUUUGGACACAUCCUUCAUGAGGUGUUCCAGGAAGCUAUGAAAGCUAAUCGAUGGGAGCUCGAAUGGUUGAGGACCAUGGUCGAAGGAGUCUUGGUCAGAUAUGUUGAGAGCCUGUACGCAAUCCGUACCAGCAUGAUCGAGGCCGUGGAAUAUGUGAUGAGCAAGAUUCCUGAGCUGAAAGCUUGGGCUGAAAUGUUCUUAAGGCCGAAGCCAAGCGCCGAGUCUCUUGUCGAGGAUCGCCACGGCUCGAAGGCGAGUUUGAGCAUCAACAAACUACUGGAAGUCGAGGAGCACAUUUGGUCGCCCAUGUACGGGCUAAAGGGGAACGUUGAUGCGACUGUCCAAGUAGUCUACGAUGACGGGAAAGAUGAGAGAACUCUCACAGUUCCAUUAGAGGUCAAAACGGGCAAAAAGGAUACGAGCCACAGCCACAGGGCGCAAACGGCGCUUUAUACCUUAUUGCUUUCUGAUCGCUACGAGUCUCAUAGUCAAAUUGUAGAUAUCGAGGUCACUUUCGGACUCCUCUACUAUCUUGAGAUGAGAAAGACUUUCCGCGUCCGAGGCAUUCGGCAUGAGAUUCUCCAAAUGAUUCAAGAGCGAAACCGUCUUGCCUGCUAUGUUCGUGAGAAAGUGGAGCUUCCUCCCAUGCUGAAACGGCCGCAUAUGUGCAACCAGUGCUACUCGAAAACAGCUUGUUUCGUGUACCACAAGUUGAUGGAUGAUGGUGAUGGUGAAAGUAGCGGCAUGGGCGACAAGUUCCACGAAGCUGUGGGCCAUCUGAAUGUCAAGCACCGUGACUUUUUCAGAAAAUGGGACGAUCUCUUAACCAAAGAAGAGAAAGACAUGAUGAAGUUUCGACGUGAGCUUUGGACUAUGUUGAGCAGCGAACGCGAGUCCCUUGGCCGUUGUUUUAGCCAGGUCAUGAUCGAGCCGGGGUCUGCUUAUGAAGACAAGGACGGUCCGAAGAUCAACCGCUAUCGGUACACAUUCGUCAAACAAAAAGCAGCUCCCGAUUUUUCCUUUACGGAAUCUCAGAUCACAACUGGUGAGCCGAUUGUGAUCUCAGAUGAAAAGGGACAUUUCGCUUUAGCCAACGGUUAUGUUUUGCACGUAAGCCCAAAACGGAUAACCGUCGCUGUUGAUCGGAGGUUGCAUAAUGCUCGAAUCAAAGGUGCCGACUUUGAUCCCGAAAGGAAUCAAACAUUCAAAGGUAUCAUGGAAAUCUGCGAAGAGGGCAACUCCGACAAAAUUAAAAUGGAAGGGGAUGACGACCCAACACUCUAUCGACUCGACAAGGACGAAUUCAGCAAUGGAAUGGCUACUGUUCGCAACAACCUGAUCUGCGUGAUGGAGAAGAACCUUUUCCAGGCUCAACAGCUGAGAAAACUCAUUAUCGAGGGGCAAGAGCCUUCAUUCAAGCCAGUUUCCUCGUCAUAUACGAUGUCCAGCUCGACGCAAGCGAGCCUCAACGUCGAUCAAAAACAGGCAAUCGAGAAAGUGAUGAGUGCUAGAGACUAUGCCCUGGUUCUUGGGAUGCCUGGCACAGGAAAAACCACUACAAUCGCUCACAUCAUCCGUGCUCUAGUAUCCCAGGGAAAGAGUGUUCUCCUGACCUCCUACACCCAUACCGCAGUUGACAACAUCCUUCUCAAGAUUCGAGACGACAACAUCCGCAUUCUGCGUAUUGGGGCCCCCGCUAAGGUGCAUCCAGAGGUUCAGCAAUUUGCCGAUCUAGCCGCAAUUCCGAAGAAGACGAUUGAGGAACUUCAAGAAUCGUACGAGCAGUCAAGGGUUGUUGCGACAACGUGUCUAGGAGUCAACCAUCCCAUCUUCAACGAGCGCAUUUUUGACUACUGCAUAGUCGAUGAGGCUUCCCAGAUCACUCUGCCUGUCUGUUUGGGCCCUAUUCGCAUGGCCAAGACAUUCAUCCUUGUUGGCGACCACUAUCAGCUGCCACCGCUGGUGCAGAACAAGGAAGCCCAAGAAGGCGGCCUCGAUGUUAGCCUUUUCAAAUAUCUGUCUGAUGCCCAUCCCUCAUCAGUAGUCAGCUUGGAGCAUCAGUACCGCAUGUGUGAGGAGAUCAUGUUGCUGUCGAACACACUGAUCUACUCGGGACGUCUCAAAUGUGGAACUCCUGAAGUCGCCUCGCGCUCCCUUGAGAUUCCAAACAUGAAUGGAGGCCUCAGACAUCAUCAUGCAACCUCUCUGAUCCAAUUCUCAUCUCAACGACCCAUGUGCCUAGGCUCUAAACACCGCCGAUGCUGGCUCAGAGACCUGAUCGAACCAUCCGCAAAGACACGACUCGUCAAUACUGACACCCUCUCCGGGCAGGGUCCCGAGAUUGUGAACGGUUCUCGUAUUGUGAACAACACUGAGGCGACUCUCUGUACCCAGCUUGUGGACGCACUUGUCUCAUGCGGCAUCUCACCACGCGAAAUCGGAGUCAUCACCUUCUAUCGCAGCCAGCUGUCGUUGCUGAAACAAACGCUCCGCCGGUAUUUGCCUUUUCUCGAGAUGCACACGGCGGACAAGUUCCAAGGCCGGGACAAGGAAGUCGUCAUCCUGAGCUGUGUGCGCAGCAACGCCGACAAAAACGUGGGUGAGCUGCUUCGCGACUGGCGUCGCGUUAACGUCGCCUUCACCCGAGCUCGGACGAAAUUGCUUGUCAUCGGCAGCAGAACGACCCUCCGCGACGGUAACGAACUGCUCCACAAAUACGUCGAGCUGAUGGAGACGCACGAUUGGGUCUACAACCUCCCCAAGAAUGCACUUGAGGAUCACAUCUUCGAGGACAGCGAUUCCUCUUCACAGCAGAUCAUUAACAAUAAGACUGCUGAGAGCGUAUCUCCUUCUUCUCAAUCUCCUCCUAGUUCUUCUAAGAAGGCAAAGAACAACAGAAAAGAAACACAACCACGCAGUCCUCUCAGCCCCAUACAGGGCAACAAUAAACCAAUCAUGAAAAGAAAGCCCGAAAAGAGAGGCGCCAAGUUGCUGCCCGGUGACAAGAUCCUCAGCAAGAGACCUGUCCUGCAGGACGUGGUCAACGAUCUUAUUGGCUAA